AUGACUAUUUCUGAUCAUCCAGAAACUGAAAAGAAGUGGUGGAAAGAAGCCACAAUCUAUCAAAUUUACCCAGCAAGUUUUAAAGACUCCAACAACGAUGGCUGGGGUGAUUUAAAGGGUAUCACCUCCAAGUUGCCAUACAUUAAAGAUCUUGGCGUUGAUGCUAUUUGGGUUUGUCCGUUUUAUGACUCCCCACAACAAGAUAUGGGGUAUGAUAUAUCUAACUACGAAAAAGUCUGGCCUACGUACGGUACCAACGAGGACUGCUUCGAGCUAAUCGACAAGACUCAUAAGCUUGGUAUGAAAUUCAUCACCGAUUUGGUCAUCAACCACUGUUCUACGGAACACGAAUGGUUUAAGGAGAGCAGAUCCUCAAAGACAAAUCCAAAGCGUGAUUGGUUCUUCUGGAGACCUCCCAAGGGCUAUGACGAUGAAGGGAAGCCAAUUCCCCCAAACAACUGGAAAUCCUUCUUUGGUGGUUCCGCUUGGACUUUUGACGAAAAGACGCAAGAAUUUUACUUGCGCUUGUUUGCAAGUCGUCAAGCAGACUUGAAUUGGGAAAAUGAAGAUUGCAGAAAGGCCAUCUAUGAAAGCGCCGUUGGAUUUUGGUUAGACCAUGGUGUAGACGGCUUUAGAAUUGAUACCGCUGGUUUGUAUUCAAAACGUCCUGGCUUACCAGAUUCACCAAUUUUUGACAAAACCUCAAAAUUGCAGCAUCCAAACUGGGGGUCUCAUAAUGGUCCUAAGAUCCAUGAGUAUCACCAAGAGCUGCACAAGUUCAUGAAGAAUAGAGUUAAAGAUGGUAGAGAAAUAAUGACAGUAGGCGAAGUCGCUCAUGGUAGCGACAAUGCACUAUACACCAGUGCAGCCAGAUACGAAAUCAGUGAAGUUUUCUCUUUCACGCAUGUUGAUAUCGGUACCUCGCCAUUUUUCCGUUAUAACAUAGUACCAUUUUCCUUGAAACAAUGGAAAGAAGCUAUCGCAUCAAAUUUCUUGUUUAUUAAUGGUACUGACAGUUGGGCUACUACAUAUAUUGAGAAUCACGAUCAACCUCGUUCAAUCACGAGAUUUGCUGACGAUUCACCAAAAUAUUGUACCACAUCUGGUAAGCUGUUGGCAUUGCUGGAAUGUUCGUUGACAGGUACUUUGUACGUCUAUCAAGGACAGGAGAUAGGCCAAAUCAAUUUCAAAGAUUGGCCUAUUGAGAAGUAUGAGGACGUUGAUGUAAGAAACAACCACGAAAUCAUCAGAAAGAAGUUUGGCGAAGAUUCAAUGGAAAUGCAGGAUUUCUUGAGAGGAAUUGCCCUUCUUUCUAGAGAUCAUUCGAGAACUCCUAUGCCAUGGACCAAAGAAAAGCCAAAUGCUGGCUUUACUGGUCCAGAUGCUAAACCUUGGUUUUUCUUGAACGAAUCUUUCCAACAGGGGAUCAAUGUUGAGCAGGAAUCCGAAAAUAAUGACUCAGUGCUCAACUUCUGGAGAAGGGCCUUACAAGCCAGAAAGAAAUAUAAGGACCUUAUGAUUUACGGUUACGAUUUCCAGUUCAUUGAUUUAGACAGUGACCAGAUCUUUAGCUUCACUAAAGAGUAUGAAGAUAAGACGCUGUUUGCCGCUUUGAAUUUUAGUGGUGAAGAAAUUGAAUUCAACCUCCCAAGAGAAGGCGCUUCUUUAUCUUUUAUCUUCGGAAAUUAUGAUGAUACUGACGCUUCCUCUAGAGUUUUAAAACCAUGGGAAGGUAGACUUUACCUUGUCAAAUAG